CUCCUGCCCCCCCAGGGCGAGCGGGUGCUGGCGGAGCUGCUGCAGCUGCCCCGGCGCGGGGUCUCCGUCCGCGUCGCCGUCAACGUCCCGUCGGCCAAGACGCCGAUGGGCGACCUGCGGGCGCUGGAGAGGAGCGGGGCGUCGGUUCGCGCCGUGGACCUGCCACGCCUCACCGGCGGCGUCCUGCACACCAAGUUCUGGCUCGUCGACGGGCGGCACCUCUACGUGGGCAGCGCCAACAUGGACUGGAGGGCCCUCACCCAGGUGAAGGAGGUCGGCGCCGUCGUCUACAACUGCAGCUGCCUGGCCCAGGACUUGGCCAAGAUCUUUGAGGCCUACUGGGCCCUGGGCGUGCCGGGGGCCUCCAUCCCGUCCCCGUGGCCGGCGAGUUUCUCCACCUCCUUCAACCUGAAGACGCCGCUGGCGCUGACGCUCAACGGCACCAACGCCACCGUCUACUUCUCGAGCUCCCCUCCCCCGCUGUGCGCCGAGGGCCGCACGGCCGACCUGGACGCGCUGCUGGACGUCAUCGACGGCGCCGCCGCCUUCGUGGACGUGGCGGUGAUGAGUUACCUGCCCGGCACCGAGUUCUCGCGGCCCGAGCGCUUCUGGCCGGCCAUCGACGACCGGCUGCGCCGCGCCGCGGUGGAGAGGGGCGUGGCCGUGCGGCUCCUGGCGGGGUGUUGGGGGCACAGCCGCCCCCAGAUGUUCCCCUUCCUGCGCUCC